CUCUGUUACAUUAGAAGUCUCGAGAGAUUCAGGAGAAGCCUUCUUAGCUUCAUCUUCAACAAUCUUCACACAUCAAAUCCUCUUUGCCGUUAUCUUCUUCUUAGAUUUAAGCUCCAUGAUUCAUACUUUUGCUGUGCCUACUGGUGAACUAAUUGGCCACCUCAUCCUUAUUUUGCAUUUAUCAGCUAAGUAAUUGGAGAGUUUGAAGCUGACAGGACAUAUGGAUAUUCGCCAGGACCCCAACUCUACCAAUCAAUUGACCCCUCUGAGGAUUAUCAGGGGUUUAGCAUGCUUAGUGGUUUUUAUUUCCACUGCAUUCAUGUUUCUGGUGUACUUUGUACCAGUAUGCGUUGGGAUCUUACGCCUUUUGAAUGUGCAUUAUAGCAGGAAAACUGUAUCUUACCUUUUUGGUCUUUGGCUUGGUCUAUGGCCAUUCUUCUUUGAAAAAAUAAACAGGACGAAAGUGAUUUUUUCUGGAGAGACUGCUCCAGAAGGGGAGCGUGUUUUGCUUAUUGCAAAUCACAGAACAGAGGUUGAUUGGAUGUAUCCAUGGGACCUAGCACUGCGGAAAGGGUGCUUGGGACACAUCAAAUAUGUACUCAAGAGCAGCUUGAUGAAACUGCCAAUUUUUGGCUGGGGAUUUCGCAUGUUAGAGUUCAUUCCAGUGGAGAGAAAAUGGGAAUUUGACGAACCAAUAAUGCAUCAAAUGUUUUCAUCUUUUACGGACCGUCGGGAUCCAUUGUGGCUAAUUGUCUUCCCUGAAGGCACUGAUUUUACUGAGCAGAAGUGUAAGAAAAGUCAAAAAUUUGCCGCUGAAAAUGGCUUGCCGGUGUUGAGUAAUGUGCUGCUUCCAAAGACGAAGGGAUUCCAUGCUUGUUUGGAGACCUUGAGGCUCUCCUUGGAUGCAGUUUAUGAUCUGACUAUUGCCUACAAGCACCGAUGCCCUACUUUCUUGGACAAUGUUUUCGGUGUUGAACCUUCUGAAGUACAUAUUCAUGUCAGGCGCAUUCCUAUUAGGGAGAUACCACCAUCUGAAAAGGAUGUAACAGCAUGGUUGAUGGACACAUUUCAGUUGAAAGAUCAGCUACUCUCUGAUUUCAUUGCUAACGGUCAUUUCCCUCAUGAGGGAACCGAAGAAGAGCUUUCUACACUGAAAUGCCUCAUUAAUUUUGCCGCAGUAAUUGUUAUCACUGGCACAUUUACAUAUCUUACUUUUUUCUCAUCCAUUUGGUUUAAAGUCUAUGUUGCUCUAGUCUGUACAUAUGUUGCUUUUGCUACUUAUUUCAGUAUUAGACCAUUUACAGCUCUUGAUUUUGCUAAAAGAUUGUCAAGGCACAAGAAAGUUGCCUAGACUAAAUUUUCACUGCAAAAGCAGUACCUUUAGCAGCCAGUAUCAUGGUAACUCUUGAUAGCUUUUCCGUUCACUAAAUUGCAAACUUGUCACUGACAAUGCAGAGUUUUCUUCGUUUCA